CCAGGAUUUUGACCUAGUGACAGUGGAGGAACAGCAAUUCCAAAUCAGGAUUGUGUGUGGCUUGGAAGGAAAUUUGUAAGGUGGUGGUGUUCCUGUGCUUCUGCUGCCCAUUCUUGAGGUCAUAGAGAGCACAGGUUUGGAAGAUGCUGUCAAAGGAGCCUUGUUCGCCAUCAGAUAACUGAGCUGGAGGCGUCAAACUUUCCCCUGAAACAUUGGGACAGGAAGCGGUAUGAAAUACCUCCAGUGCACACUAGUGGUCAGAAACGUCCUCUGGCCAGUUUGUAGCUGAGGCUGGUCCUCGGGCAGAAUUCCUGAAACCACUCAAAAAGGCGAACCAGGCAAGUAAACUGACCGACUUGAACAGGUUUGGGAGAGAAAUUGCUGAAGAUUCGAGAUGGCCGGCACCGAGGAACGACAGCAGAGCACCCAUGUUGUUAACAGAGAAGAGUGUAUUACCUGUGGAGAGAGCUUAGGGUCACAACUCACUACAUUUGGACAGAGUACUUCCCAGUGCCUACAUCCUAGUGAGAAUCAAACCAAGGUCACAGAAGAGGAACUAACAAGAGAGAAAAAGUAUAAUGGCCGCAAUAUUAAAGAGCCUAUUAAAAAGGAGUCCAUCUAUAAUGUUGGAGAAGUUGAGUUUUUUGGAUUUGGCAAGAAACAUGGCAAGUUUGUACAAGUGUCCUGUAACACUCCUCCGGCUGCAAUAUUUGAGUUACUGACUGGAGACUGGAAUUUGCCAGCCCCAAACCUCGUUGUAUCAAUUGUCGGAGGAGAGGAAAAUGUCCUGAUGAAAUCAUGGCUUCGGGACACUAUCCGGAAAGGUCUGGUGAAGGCCGCGCAAAGCACAGGAGCUUGGAUCAUUACAAGUGGUCUGCGGGCUGGAAUCACCAAACACAUAGGGGAAGCAGUCCGUGAUCAUGCCUUGGCCGACACAUCCACUAAAAUCAAAGUCUUUGCAAUAGGAAUAUCACCAUUGGGAAUUAUUUCUAACCGUGAAGCUUUAGCCAAUGUUAAGAAACACAGUCCAGCAAUAUACCAGGUUGAAGAGACAGCACAAGGUCCUCUUUACUCUUUGGACAACAACCAUUCCCAUUUCAUAAUGGUAGAUGAUGAGACUCCCAAUGGCACCACUGAGCUUUGGCUGAAACUAUUGAAGCAUGUUUCCGAACAGCGGACAGGCUAUGCAGGAACAGGGAGUAUUGAAAUUCCUGUGCUCUGUGUUCUUGUACAUGGUCAUCCAGAUCUGUUGCAGAAAGUGCACCAAGGGAUGGAAAACUCUGUUCCAUGGCUGAUCCUGGCAGGAUCUGGAGGCAUUGCCGAUGUUAUUGCCUCCUUGAUGCAUGGACCUUUGGUUCCAGAGACUGUACAAGAACAACUUCAAGAAAAAUUCCCCAGAGAAACCUUUCCCAGGGAGGAUAUUCUCAAAUGGACCAAACUGAUUCAAAACAUUAUGGCCAAAGACUAUAUUUUAACUGUACACGACUCAGAGCAGGAGAGCUCCGAGGACUUGGACACCAUUAUCCUGAAAGCCCUUGUUAAAGCAUGUAAAAGUCAAACUCAAGAAGCCCAGGAGUAUCUGGAUGAACUAAAACUUGCUGUAGCCUGGAACAGGGUGGAUAUUGCCAAGAGUGAGAUCUUCAAUGGUGAUGUGGAAUGGACGUCACAUGACCUGGAAGAAGUAAUGAUGGAUGCCUUGGUGAAUGACAAGCCAGAGUUUGUCCGACUGUUCAUUGAUAAUGGGAUGAAUAUGUAUGACUUCCUCACCUAUGGCCGGCUUCAGGAACUCUACUGUUCCAUUCCACAAAAAUGCCUCCUCUAUGAGCUCUUACUGAAAAAACUCGAGGAGCAGAAACUUACUAUAACAGGCAUGAACUCCACUUCACAUCGUGACUCCCUGGAGAAGAGGCCCAAGUUUACCCUGUAUGAAGUGUCUAAGGUGCUAAAGGAUUUCCUGCAUGAUGCAUGCAAAGGGAUCUUCCAGGAAUCCAAUCCCUCUCGCAAGCCCUUGGGUGUUAAAAAGUCGAUAACAGAAUUGAAUAGCAAGUUACGUGGUCAGAGGUUGUUUGUGAUGCCGGAUUUAAGCCAAAAGCUUGAAAACCCUUGGAGGGACCUCUUUUUGUGGGCAGUACUACAGAAUCGACAAGAAAUGGCUAACUACUUCUGGGAAAUGGGUCCAGAAGCAGUGCCUGCCGCACUGGCUGCGUGCAAGAUUUUGAAGGAAAUGGCUCAUCUGGAAUCGGACACUGAGACAGCUCGGAGCAUGAAAAAGGCAAAAUAUGAUCAACUGGCACUAGAUCUGUUUGGCCAGUGUUACACUAACUGUGAAGACAGAGCCUUUUGCUUGCUGAUUCGCAAGACCAAGUACUGGAGCAAGACCACCUGCUUGCAGUUAGCUACAGAAGCAGAUGCCAAAUCCUUCUUUGCACAUGAUGGUGUUCAGGCGCUGUUGACUAAAAUCUGGUGGGGUGAUAUGUCGACUGAUACUCCAAUCUGGAAGUUGCUGUGUGGGUUCUUGUGCCCUCCUCUAAUAUUUACCAACCUUAUCAGCUUCAGUGUACAAGACCACCCGUCCAUAGGGAAAUCUGAACAACUGAAGGAGCUGGAUAGCCUGGAUAAAGAAAAGGCUCUGCUGCUCCAUGACGGGACAAGCAGUGAUCAUGACGCAAAGGAUAAAAGCAGACUUUGUGGAGAGGACGAACACAGAAAAUUUAUUUUAAGAAGGUGGAAGAAAUUCUGGGGCGCUCCAGUCACUGUAUUCCUGGGGAAUGUGAUCCUGUAUUUUGCAUUCCUGUCCCUUUUUGCAUACAUUUUGCUGGUGGAUUUCAAGCUUCCUCCACCUAUUGGCCCUUCUAUGGCGGAGAUAACACUGUACUUCUGGGUCUUCACUUUGGCCCUGGAGGAGCUUAGACAGAGUUUUUUCACUGAAGGAAACACGAACAUCGUGAAGAAAUUCAAACUGUAUGUGGAGGAUUCAUGGAACAAGUGUGACAUGGUGGCCUUGGUGCUGUUCAUAGUGGGAGUGACAUGCAGAAUGUUUCCGGUCACAUAUAAUGCAGGCCGCACGACCCUGUGCCUGGAUUUCAUGGUGUUUGCCCUGAGACUGAUUCACAUUUUUGCCAUCAAUAAACAGUUGGGACCAAAGAUUAUCAUUGUGGAACGAAUGAUGAAAGAUGUCUUCUUCUUCUUAUUUUUCCUGAGUGUUUGGCUCAUUGCUUACGGCGUGGCCACUCAGGCUCUACUGCACCCCAACGAGAGUCGUGUGGACUGGAUCUUCAGGAAUGUUCUCUACAGACCUUACCUUCAGAUAUUUGGCCAGAUUCCACUGGACGAAAUAGAUGAGGUUCGGAUGGUUAAUCGAUCCUGCUUCACUAACCAAGGCAACAUGACAAAUGAAGAGAACUUACCAUACUGCAUUAAUCGUUAUGCAAAUUGGCUGGUCAUCAUGCUUCUGGUCAUCUUCCUGCUGGUCACUAAUGUACUUCUGUUGAAUCUUCUGAUCGCCAUGUUCAGUUAUACCUUCCAGCUUGUUCAGGGAAACACAGAUAUAUUCUGGAAAUUCCAGCGCUACAAUCUAAUCGUUGAGUACCAUAGCCGGCCAGCUCUGGCCCCACCCUUCAUCAUCAUCAGCCACUUAAGCCUUUUCAUUCGAGGGCUUAUUAAAGAACCUCAGCACAAGCAGGAGCAUUUUGAAAAGCACAUACCAGAGGCCUUGGACCAGAAACUCAGGAUCUGGGAAUCUGUGCAGAAAGAGAAUUAUCUAGCCAGUUUGGCAAAGGGAAAGAGAGAAAGCAGCACUGAAAGAUUGAAGAAAACAUUCACCAAGGUAGAUUCAUUAUCAAAAUCAAUCAACAGGCUUCAAGAACAGGAAAAACGCCUUGUAACCCUCGAGACAAGGAUGAAAUACUGCAGCGAUGUCCUAUCCUGGAUGAUUGAAUCCUUUACUCAACACAAUCUGCACUGCAACAGACCUCCUCCAACAUACACUGAUUCUUCACCUCCAGUCUGCAGAAGGCAGCCACAGGAUGUACUAUCUGCAGAUGACUGUCCAGGGGACACGGCUGCAAUGGCCAUGCAGUACAUUGAUGACUAGUUUCAACAAGAUAGACCACAUUACACUCCAAUACAGAGCAAAACAAUGGAGAAAUGUUUCAGCAACAUGCAGCUUCCUAUGCUGUGCCAGCAUCUGGUGAAAGAUUGAGAGUUCAGCACAAGAACUUUGGAUUUUAACUUGAAUUUUAAUUCCAGAGGAAAUAGUUUGUAGCAACUUUUUUUUUUAAAAUGGGGCAGAGUGAUCCAGGCUUAGCAAACUAGGCAUUAAAAAAACUGAAAAAACUUUCA